AUUAAGUUAAGAUGCCCAUCGAACGGAAAGACUCAAUCGAGCCGUUAGCCUUCCAGUUGUCGCAGACAGAACUAACUACUGUACACACAAACGAUGCACGUCAUGUCAUGAGAUCCCUCGUCAGCCAGCUUGGCCGCACAAACAAAUAAAUGACUGUAAUCAAAUGACGGUUCACGACCUAAGUUCACUUCACGCAAACGCAAUAGCGCAGCUCUCUGUGCCUCUCUAUGCCUCAGCCAGUGCCACUUGAGGGACUGGAGGAGGGAGGGUCCUGGUGUCUGCCCUCUCGCCGUAGUACUCGCAUCUGUUGAGCACCGCUACCAGUUUCUGUGUCAGCGGGAGCGGGCUCCCUGGGCGUGGGGGUCGCUGAUGGUCACACACACACACACACGUGCACAGGCGUGUGUCAAUGUACAUGUCAGCAGCUUGGAGGAGUGUAGGUACCGUACUCUGACACUCGAGUCUGAUGAGCUCUUCCACCGUUCGCCACACGAGUUUUCUCACGACGAGCGGAUCAUCCUCCGUCUUGCCCCUGAAGACACACACAAGACCCGACACACACACACACACACACACGCACACAGACUGUUCUUGUGUCCGCGCGAACCUUCCAACGGUCUGUCUUUCCUUACUUGUUGCCCAAGACGGCCUCGAUAGGCAAGUCGUCACUAGCACUCUCAUACCCAACGAGCUCCACAUCAGAUGGGAUGAGGGUACCCGACAGGAAGCUCUUGACGUCACCAACAGUGUCGAAGGGCCUCUUUUGCAGCCAUUCCGCUAUAGCGGUACAGAGGACGACAUCGCUGUCUUCGUAUCUGUACCAGCGAAAGUGUUCCGGACGAACAUUAACCGCCCUCAAAUGUCGAAGAAGGAACGACUCGUGCUGCCAUCUCUCCCUCGCGGAAAGGCGAUCUCCCAUAUAUUCAGUGUGGGAGAG